CAGCUAUCACACUCCCCAUUACCACAGCAGCUAUCACACUCCCCAUUACCACACCAGCUAUCACACUCCCCAUUACCACACCAGCUGUCACACUCCCCAUUACCACAGCAGCUGUCACACUCCCCAUUACCACAGCAGCUGUCACACUCCCCAUUACCACAGCAGCUAUCACACUCCCCAUUACCACAGCAGCUGUCACACUCCCCAUUACCACAGCAGCUAUCACACUCCCCAUUACCACAGCAGCUGUCACACUCCCCAUUACCACAGCAGCUAUCACACUCCCCAUUACCACAGCAGCUAUCACACUCCCCAUUACCACAGCAGCUAUCACACUCCCCAUUACCACACCAGCUAUUACACUCCCCAUUACCACAGCAGCUAUCACACUCCCCAUUAUCACAGCAGCUAUCACACUCCCCAUUACCACACCAGCUGUUACACUCCCCAUUACCACACCAGCUGUCACACUCCCCAUUACCACACCAGCUAUCACACUCCCAUUACCACAGCAGCUGUCACACUCCCAUUACCACACCAGCGUCACACUCCCAUUACCACACCAGCUCUAUCACACUCCCAUUACCACAGCAGCUAUCACACUCCCCAUUACCACAGCAGCUAUCACACUCCCCAUUACCACACCAGCUAUUACACUCCCCAUUACCACAGCAGCUAUCACACUCCCCAUUAUCACAGCAGCUAUCACACUCCCCAUUACCACACCAGCUGUUACACUCCCCAUUACCACACCAGCUGUCACACUCCCCAUUACCACACCAGCUAUCACACUCCCCAUUACCACAGCAGCUGUCACACUCCCCAUUACCACACCAGCUGUCACACUCCCCAUUACCACACCAGCUGUCACACUCCCCAUUACCACAGCAGCUAUCACACUCCCCAUUACCACAGCAGCUGUCACACUCCCCAUUACCACACCAGCUGUCACACUCCCCAUUACCACACCAGCUGUCACACUCCCCAUUACCACACCAGCUAUCACACUCCCCAUUACCACACCAGCUGUCACACUCCCCAUUACCACACCAGCUGUCACACUCCACAGCAACUAA